AUGGCCGACAACAAGGUGAUGAAGAACAACCUGCAGGCUGCUGCUGCUUCGCUGCCGACGGUGUCCAAGGACAAGGAGAAGGUGUCGCCUCCACCUGUCGCUGUCCCGGUCCUACUCAUCAUGGUCUGGGUGUGGGCCCUCAUCAGCGCCGUCGUCUUCGCCGCCUCCGACAUCGCCACACUCCUCCUCAACCGCACCCCCUGCACCAAGUCGACGUGGCUGUUCCGGUGCGUGGCGCUGACCGAAGCGGCGGCCGCGGAGCUGAGCUUCCUGCUGUACGGGCAGCUGUUGUGCAGCGCGGCCGUGGUGCUGGCGGCGCCGCUGCACAUGGUGCUGACGACGAGGACGAGCACCACGAGCCGCUGGACGCCCGCCGUCGACGCCCUGGCCUGGGUAGCGCUGGCGGCCACGGCGGGCAUGCACUACACUGUGGUUGCCUCCGACCGCAUCUUCCUCGCCGCCGACCCCGGGGACACGGACAUCAUCGUCGACGUUGUGUUCGCCUCGGUUUGCCUCGCGGUGAACCUGCUCGUCGCCGGCUUCCUCCUUUGCUGCUCCCCUCGCCGCCUAGAGCUGGGCGAGCAUCAGGGCGACGACGACAGAGAGGUCUAG